AUGAAGGAGAAGGACAAAGAGAAGGAGACUGAGAAGAAGAAGUAUCCAAUUGGAGCUGAACAUUACCUUCUCUACGAAGAGAUUGGUCAUGGCGUAAGCGCUUCUGUUCACCGCGCCCUCUGCGUUCCCUUCAACGAGGUCGUCGCCAUCAAAAUCCUUGACUUCGAACGUGACAAUUGCGAUCUGAACAACGUGUCUCGUGAGGCUCAGACAAUGAUACUUGUGGACCACCCUAACGUGCUGAAAUCCCACUGCUCGUUCGUGAGCGAUCACAAUCUGUGGGUGGUGAUGCCCUACAUGUCCGGCGGAUCAUGCCUCCACAUACUGAAAGCCGCGCAUCCCGACGGGUUUGAGGAGGUUGUGAUUGCCACCAUUCUGAAAGAGGUGUUGAAGGGUUUGGAGUACCUUCACCAUCACGGCCACAUCCACCGCGACGUCAAGGCCGGCAACAUUCUCAUCGAUUCACGCGGCGCUGUUAAGCUUGGCGAUUUUGGUGUCUCUGCCUGCCUCUUUGAUUCCGGUGACCGCCAACGCACAAGGAAUACAUUUGUUGGAACACCUUGCUGGAUGGCACCCGAGGUCAUGGAGCAACUCCAUGGCUAUAAUUUCAAAGCUGACAUCUGGUCAUUUGGUAUAACGGCCUUGGAGCUUGCUCAUGGGCAUGCUCCUUUCUCAAAGUUUCCACCAAUGAAGGUACUGCUCAUGACUUUGCAAAAUGCACCCCCAGGCCUUGACUACGAAAGGGAUAAGAAGUUCUCUAAGUCGUUUAAGCAGAUGAUUGCUAGCUGCUUGGUAAAAGAUCCUACAAAACGACCCUCAGCAAGCAAGUUAUUAAAGCAUUCCUUCUUUAAGCAAGCUCGCUCCAAUGAUCAUAUUCGAAAGCUCUUGGAGGGGCUGCCUGCUUUAGGUGAUCGAAUGGAGGCCCUAAAGAGAAAAGAAGAAGAUAUGCUGGCACAAAAGAAAAUGCCUGAUGGAAAGAUGGAGGAAUUAUCACAGAAUGAAUACAAACGAGGAAUUAGUGGCUGGAACUUCAAUCUGGAAGAUAUGAAGGCUCAGGCUUCCUUGAUCCAUGAUUUCGAUGAUGUUAUGUCGGAUAUCAAUCAUGCAGCAAGUUCAAGCUCUUUAUCUACGCUUGAUUCCCAAGAGAAACAAAUGCCAAGUGCAAUUCACAACCCUUCUCGAUCUGUUGAUAUGGAAGAAAAUGAUGAUAUGCGAAAUCAAUCAGCUUCAGUUUCUGCAGUUGAUACCAAAAAUAGGUUUGAAAGAUUCGAUGAUGACUCUAGCAUCACCAGUUCCAGCCGUGAACCACAAAUGUCUUCAUCCUGUCUUGAUGAUCAUGUGGACAAUAAUUUGGGUGAAAAACCUGACAUGGAAAAUGGUGGAAGAUUUGUGGAGGGAAUGGCCACCCUGCAUCAUCAUAGAAGGGGAUGUUCAUCGAGCAUCUUACCAGAAGUUACCCUUCCACCAAUUCGAUCUGAAAGUGAGAAGCCACAAAAUCUGCCCCAGAACGGUUUUAGUUGCAGUGGAACUUCUCUUCCACAGACAGGAGAGGACGUGCUUACUGAACUUCCAUCUAGAGUCUCAAAAUCAUCAGCUAAUUCUGAUGACACUGAUGAAAAAUCGAAGGUGCCAGUUGUACAGCAGAGAGGACGAUUUAAGGUUACAUCUGAGAAUGUUGACCCAGAAAAGGUGGCCCCUUCUCCUGUACUGCAGAAGAGUCAUAGCAUGCAGGUUUUUAGCCAGCAUAAUGCUGCUGUUUCUGUACAUCCAACUUUGCCAUUAUUACCAGCACCCGAAGCCACAUCAUCAAAUCUUUCGGCCUGCGUUGUGUUUCCUAUGUUGCACUCUGUACUGCAGACAAAUAUUCUUCAACAGCUUGACGCAGCUCAGGAGAGGGAGAAGGACUUACUUCAUGAGAUAACUGAUUUGCAAUGGAGGCUUAUCUGUGCUCAGGAGGAGCUUCAAAAAUUUAAAACAGAAAACGCCCAGGUUAGUGAUGAUGCAAAGGAGGAAGAUGAAGAAUAG